UGGUGUCUUCCUUCCUGCUUCGCCGGCAUCUUUCGCGACAUGGGGAAGAGCGUCCUUUUCGCCAGCACCACCUGAGGGUUUCCUGGAGCCGCCCCCCGCGCCCCGCGAUGGAAGAGGAUCAGGAGCUGGAGAGGAAAGCCAUAGAAGAGUUGCUAAAGGAGGCCAAGCGUGGGAAAACCAGAGCAGAGACGAUGGGACCAAUGGGCUGGAUGAAGUGUCCUCUCGCUGGUACAAAUAAAAGAUUCCUAAUUAACACCAUUAAGAACACAUUGCCCUCCCAUAAAGAGCAAGACCAUGAACAAAAAGAGGGCAGCAAGGAACCUGGCCAAAGCCAAGACCAGAAAGAAACAAACUCAAAGAAGCACAGAAGCCAUUCCUCUAAGCGCAGCCUGCACUCAGCCCGCAGCUCACCCCCAAGGAAGCGGGCCUCCCGGGACAAACGCGACUCCCGAGCCAGCAGGCGAUGAGCAGAGGUGCAGGGCCAGCCCAGUACUGCGCCUUCCUUCCACUGGGUGCAGUGAGGACAGGGAGGUGGCAGGCCUCUGACACCGAGAAUGACUUUCCAAUGCGUCCUCUGCUCUAAGGUGGCUGUUGUUACUGUGUUGUUGUUGUUGUUAAUAGGCAAAAAACAAGAAAAACAAAACCCUUUACUAAAACAAACCUUACCUACCUUGUCCUGCAGGUGGUGUGACAAGAGUGAGCUGACUUAGCGUUGCCGUGCGCAUCCAUGUUGUUUUUAUCUUAGCUUGUUUGCAAGUUAGUUUCAAAACAGGCAGUUCUGGAAUUCGAAAUUUUCAGAUUGUUAAAAACUAGUCCCAGUAUUUUGAUGUACUUUUUGUGGUCAUUUCCCAGAAUUUCUCAAAAUAAACUACUUACAAACGC